AUGCGUCUCCAGUUGCCGGAAUUCGCCGCUGUAAUGACAGCACUUUUAUACGGUUCUUAUCAAGGACUCUUUCCCAAGGACAAGACCAAGAUAUUAGAUGGCGACGAAAGUGAUGUGAGGAAAGCUCAGGAGACGAAGCUGUAUACGAAAGUAGUCAUAUACUACGCGCAUUGGUGCGGGCAUUGCCGGCAUACUGCGGAUGAGCUCAUCAAGAACCAGAAUGUUUUCUAUAACCCGAAAACGUUCUAUGAUGAGGAGAAUCUUCCUCGUGUAGUGGCCUUCGACUGUGUACGAGAUGACGAGGCGAAUGAGUUUUGCGGUAAGCAAGGAGUGGAUAAUUAUCCCACUGUCUUCACAUACCUCAAAGGGGAGAGGUAUGGCAAUCCAGGGCCGCUGGUGGGCUAUAUUAGGAUGAUGCUGGAGAAGACCCCGGUACUUACGACAACUAAGCCGUUGCCGUCUACUACCACUACUACUAGCUCAGCGCACACGACAACAUCCAUUCCUUCGACAAGCACUCGUGUUAGUAGUACUACAACAGUUCCCACAGCUAUUAGUACUACAACGAUUUCUACUAGUACUGGUAUCACAACGAUGGCUACUAGUACUACAGCGAUGGCUACUACUACUAGUACGACUACUCCCACUGGUGGGAGUCUUUUCCCCGAUGAUGCCAACGUUACGUACGAGAUGCGUAUACUAGAUGGUAUACUUGCAUUUGCGUACGCUCUGCAUACGGCCACGUUCUUCCCUGCUAACACCACCCUCAUCGUGGAAAAGCUGAAAAUACUGAAGGAAAAUCUUUUACCAGUCAUUGUGUCCGUUCAUCCCGACAAGGAAUUCCGUAAGGACGUCAGUGGUCUUCUCGGCAAUAUUAGCAAAAGUUCUGGCGCUAUUACUAAGGAUCAAUGGAUGGCUAUGCUUGAUGGAAUCGCCCCCAGGCGUAUGAGGCAGCAGCCUGAUCCUUUCUGGAAACACUGCAAGAACUUUAACUGUGGUUUGUGGCAGUUUUUCCAUGCGCUCACCUUGGGAGUUGACAUGAAGUUUUCGGCGACUACUGGGAAGGAUUCUAAUGGGGAAAAGGUCAUGGAGACGAUCAAGUCCUUCGUCACAUAUUUUUUCAUGUGCCACAGCUGCGCACAGCACUUCAUUAAAGGGUAUGAUAACUGUGUUGGUGAAAGGUGUACUAUGCCCAACCCUGAUAGAAGGCAUACAGCACUGUGGCUAUGGCGCGUCCAUAAUAUGGUUAAUAACAGGACUUCACACGAGAGGGGUAUCACUGGAAAGGAUACGGCCUGGCCUACUAGAAAUGAGUGUAGACAAUGUCGUGAGUAUAAGGCGGACACGAAUGACUUUGUAUUUAAUGAAGACAACGUUAUGGAAUUCCUCGACAAGUCGUACUUUAACAAAAGCACCGAUAAGCCUUCCGGGAGUAUCCGAGCUGAGGUACAUUUGGGUCGUCAUUUCAUUGCAAUGCUUAUGCUAGCAGUUUUACCAUGCAUAAUGACGUUUUUUUAA